AUGAGGCCCUUGUUAAGCCACCGAACGAGGCUUUCAAGAAACCUUAUACAAUAUCGGGUUUUAUAUCAUCCAAUACCUCUUCUUACUCGUCGCAACUUCACAAGCUCUGUUGCUCGUCAACAUGAUCAAAAUUCUGAUAUAGCGAAGAAGGCUUCUCAAAGUCCUUCAGAAGAACUCAAUGAACAAGGAGGAAAACAUGAUCGAUCCAUUAAGAAGCCAUCAAGACUGGCGGCUUUAAAGAAGCGUGACCAGAAGGUUGGGGGUAAGGAUGCCAAGGUCAAAGGGGGAGAACCAAAUCAGCGAUAUAUCCUUGGACAAUCAGCCGACAAGCCAAUCCGUACACGUUUUGCGCCGUCGCCUACCGGAUAUCUGCACCUUGGCUCUUUGAGAACUGCGUUGUUCAAUAAUUUGGUGGCCAAGGCUACAGACGGCGGUGAUUUCAUUAUUAGAAUUGAGGAUACUGAUCAAAAUCGGUUGGUGCCUGAUGCUGAAGAAAGAAUCUUCAAAGACCUCGAAUGGGCCGGUCUUGAAUGGAGUGAAGGUCCUGACAAAGGAGGUCCAUAUGGCCCCUAUCGACAAACCUUGCUCGAAAAUGGCUCUGCCUAUCGUUGCUUCUGUGAUCAAACAGUCCUCGAAGCCCAGAAGCGAGCUCUCCACGAAGCUGGCAAGUCUACGGCUUACCCUGGCACAUGUCGUACUCUGCCGCGCUCUGAGUCUGAUGAGCGAGCCGCCAAGGGUGAAGCUCAUAUCGUUCGGCUUGACUCUACUCGGUUCGGCACGCCAAAGUUCAAGGAUGCUAUCUACGGGCCUUUCCAGAAGAAAGAGCCCGAGGAGGACUUUGUUCUCAUGAAAAGAGAUGGAUAUCCAACGUACCAUCUUGCCAAUGUAGUUGAUGACCAUUUGAUGAAGAUUACACAUGUCAUCCGUGGUGAAGAAUGGCUCAUCUCAACACCCAAGCACCUGGCCCUCUAUGAAGCUUUCGGCUGGGAGCCCCCGACCUUUGCUCACCUGGGCCUUCUCGUUAGCAACAACGGAUCCAAGCUUAGCAAGCGCGAUAGCAGCGUCGACCUGUCUACGUAUAUGGACCAGAACGUCUUUCCUAUGGCUUUACAGGCGUGGCUUGCCAACCUAGGUGCAUCUACGAAGAGAGAUGCGAAGACACCGAGAACCCUCAGUGAUGUCGCCGAGAAUUUGACUUACAAGUUCACCCGAGGUGGUAUCAAACUCAAUCCAACCAAGCUCGACUUCUUCCAGCACGAGUAUCGAAAUCUCCUUACGAAGACACCUUCUACCGACCACACAUCUCGUGAGCAGGAGCUCAUAAGAGAUUACCUUGUGACUCCCCUCGUCAACGAAGUUCAUGCCAUCACCGCCUCCUCCCAGUCCAUUUCUGAUGACUACAAGCCCAUCCAACCCACAGGCACGGCUCUCAACUGGCCCACCCCCUUAUCUCCUGUUCCAGCCAUGCUUUCGUCGGAAUCUUCUCAGUCAUAUACUUCCAAGAUCAUCUUUCAAGAAACUGUACGAUAUGCUUCUGUGGCUAACUUGGCCCGUUUGCUACCGUACUUCUUCUGGCGUCCUCCUCCUGAUAUUUAUCGAGCAGCCCUCGUCAGUGAGACUCCGCGUCUCGACUUGGUUGAAUUGGUCAACAAGACCGUGCAAGGAAAUGAUGACUGGGAGACGACCGUUGACCGCUUAUUUGAGAGUAUCCCUUCCGACCAGGCUCCCGACUUACAUGCUAUUCUUCGCCUAAUUGCGAUUGGUGAUUCACAGGCUGUGAGCAAGUCGUCCCGCAUUCUGUUCGAUGUGCUGGGUCAAGAUGAGUGGCGAUUCCGUGCCAAUCUCGUGGCUUCUUUGCUUGGUGAACUGGAAUCUAGCGGACAACUCCCCGUCAGGACUGUAUAG